AACUUUCAGCUUUCUGUCGGGUCAUUAUUUGGUUCGAAGCAUUGCCAGCUUGGCCCUAUCAUUCUAAACAGCUACCACCCAACGCUUGAGUCCUCCGAGGACCCCUUCCGUAGCCCCUUUGGGCGAGACGAACAACAACAUAGCAGACGCGACCUUCGAUGCUGAGGUUCACACAGAUCCAUCCAACGCCAACGCGGUUCUUACAGACUAUAUGACUUGUCUCAACGAGCUCGCCCAGGCCGAAUUGCAAGACAACCAAAGAAGAGAUCGCGAAACCGCCAGGCUGCUAUAUGAGAAAGAUGCUUCCCAGAAGCGUUUUGCACACGCGAGAAUAUCGGCCGAUGUCCAACAUCGGGAGGCGAUGCAAAACUUCGACACAAAGAAGAAGAAUGCGGCAUAUGCCGAAAAACAGAGUGAUGCAAAGAUUGCAGGACUGAAGAAGCAGAUUUUGGAGGAAGCGAAGGUGAAAGAGAAGAUCUUCAAUGAUGUUAAGGUGUUGGAUCGGGAGUUCAAUAAUACCCAACGCAAGAUAUGCAAGGACAUUAUGGCAGCAGCUAGAGAGCUUAGCUCAAGUGAAUCCGCGCAUCACUUGGAGUAGUGGUGGCAAGUUACUCAAUAAAAGAGCAUCGCAAGAUUGAAGCAUCUCUGUCUAGAUUCUCCUAGCCACCACCGGAAUAGAACCGAUGUCCAUUAGGAUGCUUAAUCGCUCGAUUCUAUCUUCGCCUCGUUUUAUUACCCUAUCUUGACCCCUCAAGUGCCAUUUCCGUUCGCGCC